AUGUGCGUCAGAUAUCGACCGAGCGACUACCGAGGCCUUAUCAACGAGUACCUUGAAAUCGCGGGAAGGGUUGGGGAGAAACAUGCGAAUGCCAGUCACCACAUAGUACAGACCACGACGCAGUCACCAUAUUCUCCCAUCUUCCUUCUCCUUUCCUUUUCCGGCGUGCUGGGUCUCUGGGUUGUUGCCUACUUUGACGGCAUGACAGACCGCAUGGAGACUAUUCUGAGGACCCUGCGCAUGCCCGACGGCCGCCAUCUACGGAGCACCUACACAGGCAUCCGUCUUGUUGACUGGCAGCUCACACUGCUAUCGUCCUUCUACGAAGUCCUCUCCAACAAUUUGACUUACGGCCCUCGUCUUCUCUUCUUCGACCUCAACUUUGUCGUGGCGUGCACCAACCUAUGGGUUCUGAUGGAAAGCCGCCGCCGCGAGGUUGCUAGAGCUUGGUAUCUGCGAUGGCCCGUCUGGGCCAUUAUCUUGUGGAACGCCAACGGGGCGGCCAUUGUCCAGCCCAUCUUCUUCUGGUUGGCACAUACCACUUACCAGGCCAACCACCCCUACAACUCCGAGAUGCCCCUUAACGACGCCAUCGCCCUCUUUGCCGUCACGCUACCUAUCAUGGCAGCCCCUCUUCUUCUUUUCACACCCGCCUGGCUCGGCCUAACCACCUGGCAACAUCACGGCUACAUUGCCCUGUUCCAGGCUUCGCCUCUUCUUGUGACGGCGGCUUUCAUCGCUCUCAGCAUUGUUCUCAAGCCAGCCACUACUACUACUACUACCACCUCCACAACUUCCAAGGGCUCGUCAUCCAAGAAAUGGAUCUUUGCUUCCUUGCUCUCCGCGGGCACCAUCGCCGCAGCAGUCCACCUCUUUACCAUCUUCACCACGCUACGCAGCGCAGACCCUGAUGCUUCAGCGGCACGCCUGUUCAUCCCCGACCUCGUUCGCGCCGGAAUCCGUGGGUUCGCAACAGUCACUCUGCCAGCAGCGCAUGAAUACGAAGCGCUGAUCGAGAACUUGCAUCUCUUCUCGCAGUUUGACUGGUGGGUUGUUGCAGCUUCAUGUGUUUCCCUUUCGCACCUGCUUCUGAAGGAGGGAGAUGGACCAUACAGGGAUCUCACCGUAACACCUACGACCCGGACGCAGUGGAAAGAGCUGGCGUAUUUGGUGGUGGGUAGUCUAGUCUUCGGGCCGGGCGCUGCGGGAACGUUUGCCCUGGCGGUAAGGGAGAUCAGAUUGUAG